GAGUCUUACCCCUCUUCAUCGCCAAUAUGGUUUGUAGAAUCAGAUGACCCAAACCUGACUUCAGUCUUAGAGCGUUUAGAAGAUAUUAAGAAGAGCAAUACUCUGCUUCUUCAGCAACUGAAGCGAUUAAUAUGUGACCUCUGCAGAUUAUAUAACCUUCCUCAGCAUCCAGAUGUUGAAAUGUUAGAUCAGCCAUUACCAGCUGGGCAGAAUGGAACAACAGAGGAAGUUACAUCAGAGGAGGAGGAAGAAGAAGAUAUGGGUGAAGACAUUGAAGAUCUGGAUCACUAUGAUAUGAAGGAGGAGGAACCAGUUGAUGGGAAGAAAUCUGAGGAUGAAGGCAUUGAAAAAGAGAACCUUGCAAUCUUAGAAAAAAUCAGAAAAAAUCAAAGGCAAGAUCACUUAAAUGGUGCAGUCUCUGGGUCAGUUCAGGCUUCAGAUCGACUUAUGAAAGAACUCAGGGAUAUAUAUAGAUCACAGAGUUAUAAAACAGGGAUAUAUUCAGUGGAACUGGUCAAUGACAGCUUGUAUGAAUGGCACGUUAAGCUUCUCAAGGUUGAUCCUGAUAGCCCACUGCAUAGUGAUCUUCAGGUCUUAAAAGAAAAAGAAGGUGUAGAAUACAUUUUACUCAACUUCUCUUUUAAGGAUAACUUCCCUUUUGAUCCUCCCUUUGUGCGAGUGGUAUCUCCUGUGCUCACUGGAGGGUAUGUCCUAGGUGGAGGUGCAUUAUGCAUGGAACUUCUUACUAAACAGGGCUGGAGCAGUGCCUACUCAAUAGAAUCAGUCAUCAUGCAGAUCAAUGCCACUUUAGUCAAAGGAAAAGCCAGAGUACAGUUUGGAGCCAAUAAGAAUCAAUAUAAUCUAGCAAGAGCACAGCAGUCCUAUAAGUCACUAGUACAAAUACAUGAGAAAAAUGGCUGGUACACUCCUCCGAAAGAAGAUGGCUAACGCUGAGGACUGUUGUAUACCUGGACCAAUGUCAACAAAACAAGCUCUUUUUUAUGUUUUCCAACACACAGACUCAAGCUAUGAGUGCCCCUAUAACAGCUGUACUGAGGACUUUAGCUCUUAGAUAAGUUAGUGGAUAAUCUGUCAACUGACACAGUAUAAGUUACAGCCUUACCAUUCCGCUCUUCUUAGGUAUCUGGACUGAGCAGUUUGGGCCUUUACCAUAUUUGUUCGUAUGGAUUAAGCAGAUUUGGGCCAUGCCCUCCCUUCUCCCUUUUUUUUUUUAUUUGAAAGCAUAAGCUCUCCCUACAGGCUAUCGACUUACUAAGGAUCAUUCAAUAGGAGUGAGUUGUUCACACACUUUUGUGUAUUUCUUACCUUUUGCAAAAUGCAGACUGCAGAGACUUGCGUUGUAUCGUUUCAUUUAAAGCCAAGAAGUUUAAUACCUUGUUUAAUACUGUUUUAGGAAAUGUCAGGUCUUGCAAAUCACAGUAGUUUUUUCUGGUCUAAAAUGACAGCGUUUGUAGUAUUUCCAAAUUAAUGAUAUAGGAAAAACACAUGUAUGUUAAGUCAUUAAACAUUUUUCAUGGC